AUGUCAUCUUCCUUAUCCUUCAGAGCAUAUUCUAAGCUCUUCACGACUAAGUUACGGGCGCGGAUGCACAAUCAGUCUUUUACGAGCACGGUCAUGGAGCGAGAGCGCAUCCGCAUCACCACAGGGGGCAGAAUUGCACUACAACGUGUGGAUGAACUCGUUAAGCUCAAGGUAGAGCACCAGUCUAGCUUUGAUCCCACACUUCGGGUUCGUGCUUUACAGUCGCUGCAAACACUUCCACUUUUGUCUGCCGAUGAAGAUCCGCACUUUGUCCAAAGCUUGCGAGCGCUCCGGGUCGCUGCGUACUUUCGAGCUGUGCAGUCUCCGUCCACAUUUGCGUUGCUUAACCACAUCACCAAGCACACUUACAUGCUGGAUGGGUUUAAUUUAUACCAUUUAUCUGCCACGUUGCUGGAGCUGCAACAUCCACAAACUGCUGAGGUACUGAAUAUUAUACGACCUCGCAUCUAUCAGGUAGUACUCAAUUACGACGUGACUGCAGUGGAAGCGGUUCUUUUUUUACAUGUACUUUACAAGUUCCAUCUAGAUGACUCGGUCUUGAUUCAGAAACUGGCAGACAUUAUACAACACACGAUAUCAGACCUUCCUCUUGUAGACGUGACGCGUUGUAUUUCCGCGUUGCCUUUUACGCGUAGUAAGGUCAUAACGCAAAGGAUUUUAUCAACAGCCGAAGGAAAAUUGUGCGAGCUACUGGAGGAAGCUGUCACAAACUACAGGGUAUAUUGUGGGGGCUUCCACGACGGUUUUGAGUCCCUCUCCACGUUACUUUCUACUGAAGAUAAAUUAAAUGGAAUGACAAGCCGGCGAAAAGAGGUUCAAGAGAUGCUCUUAAAUAAUGCUAAGAGAAGCCGUACACUUAUUCGAGAGCUAUCGCGCACGGUGAUGUGGGCACACCAGGCACCACGGCGCCUGAUGAACGGACUCAUAUGCGCUGCGCUUGUGUACUCGGAGAGGAAUGUCUCUCAAGAGGUCUUGAAAAGUGUGAUUGUAAAAGAUGAGACCCAUAGGGCAUGUGCCGAGGUAACAGAGGCGUGUGGGCCAUCCUCUACAACGCCCCUUGUACAGUCAGUAGAGAAGGUAGAAGAUAUCCAAGACUUGUGUAGUAAGACUCUGCCUUUCCUAUCUCGCCAUGACAUCUGCCUUUUGAUGAAAGCCCUCUGUGAGGUGCAUUACCGUCAUGAGCGUGCACUUCUUAUUUUAGCCAGCCGUGCUGCCAUCGCUAGCUCUUCCCGGAAAUGGAAUACAACCGAUCAGGAUAGACAAUCGCCGAGUGGUUCCCUACUACAUGGUGUCUCACCAUCUGCACCGCCCCUAGAAACUCUUCAAGAUUUAAGCUUGGCUGUUGAGUGUUUGGCAUACUUUUACUUACUACAUGCUAGGUGUACAGUGGCUGCGCUUCUGCAAGAGGUCGAUACUCUUGUACGCGACGCCGUCAAUCCGCUUCUUUUGACCCCGGCGGUGGAGGCUUUAAGCCGGCUUAUGGUAAGUCUGGCACGUCUGCACUACCCGGCCGCGGCGGUCGCUGCAGAGGCGAGUGGCGAUAUUGCAGUUCUUGAGUCGACGUGCACGUGUGAGCCCAUCACACGCUACUGUAUGAGCCCCUAUUGUGCGCAGGAUCCUCUCUUGGCGUCUCACCUCCUCAGUGGGUUGGUGCAAGUCUGCGUUCAGAUACAGAAACCUCAGGAUACAGCUGCUGUCGAUCCACUACCUGUGCGCAAACGGAGUAUUCUCGUGUCUCAUUUAUUAAAGGCAUUGUCGCCUUCCUUUCUUGAUGAUGCUGUUAGUCGAGAAACGCCAUCAAUCUCCGCGCGAAUGCCCUUGAAUCACGUAAGAGAUGAAAUCGCUGCAUCCGUAGAGCUGAUCCAGGCCAACCCGUCUGCAUUUGACCUAUCCAUCAUGGAUCCUGCCCUGGAGGAACUACGAAAACAAUGA